CGCCCGGCUCCGCACUCGCUCCUGGUGGCCAAGUCCAGCUGGCUCACUGCGCUCCUGCUCCGGGGUCCCCCAGCGCUCUGGGUCUCCUCCACCUCACCGUGCCAGACAGCGCGGGGCCCGACGGCGACAUGAACGUCCCGAUCUCCGUCCUGGAGGCCCGAGGCCGGCGCUGGGGACCUCUGCUCCUCACCUUUUUCCUGGCGGCGUCCCGAGGUCUGGUGGCAGCCUUCAAGGUGGCUACGCCAUACUCCCUGUACGUGUGUCCCGAGGGGGAGACCAUCACUCUGGCCUGCCAGCUCCUGGGCCCCAUGCCCAAAGGGCAUGAGAUGAACUUCUACAAGACGUGGUUCCGCAGUUCACGGGGCGAGGUGCAGGUGUGCUCAGAGCACUGGCCUAUCCGCAAUGUCAACUUCCGGAAACUUCACCCCUACCAUGGAGGCCACCAGGUCUCCAACACCAGCCAGAAUCUGCUCCUGAGUCAUGGGCUGGAGACGGCCUCUGACCACCAUGGCAACUUCUCCAUCACCAUGCGGAACCUGACCGUGCAAGAUGGCGGCCUUUAUUGCUGCCUGGUAAUGGAGAUGAGGCAUCACCACCCAGAACAUCAGGUCCACGCGGCCAUGGAGCUGCAGGUGAAGAAAGGCAAAGACGCUCCUUCCAAAUGCAUCACAUACCCAUCCUCCCCAGAGGAGAGUGACAACAUCACAGCCGCAGCCCUGGCCACGGGCGCCUGCAUCGUGGGCAUCCUCUGCCUCCCGCUCAUCUUGCUGCUGGUCUACAAGCAGAGGCAGGUGGCCUCGCACCGCCGUGCCCAGGAGUUGGUGCGAAUGGACAGCAGCAACCCCCAAGGAAUUGAAAACCCUGGCUUUGAGGCCCCUCCACCCUCCCAGGGGAUGUCUGAGGCCAAGGUCAGGCCCCCACUGUCCUACGUGGCCCAGCGACAGCCUUCAGAGUCUGGGCGGCACCUCCUCUCAGAGCCCAACACUCCUCUGUCUCCUCCAGGCCCCGGGGACGUCUUCUUUCCAUCCCUAGAUCCAGUUCCUGAUUCCCCAAACUCUGAGUUCAACUAGACCAGCUGAAGGACAGUGUGGGCAGGGAUAUGCUAGGUCUGGGGCAGGUGCAUUUGAGCCAAGGCUGGCCUCCUUGGUCCCUUCCUUCCUGCUCUGAGCCUAUAUUCUGCCUUCCCCCUCUGAGGCCCAGGCAGGCCUCUCAUCCUUCUAAAUGAUGAGGAUGGGAGAAGAUGCUGGGUCACUCAUACUGUUCUCAAGGAUACUGGGAUGCUGGAUCCUCCCUAGAGACUUGAAACUCACCAGCUACAGAUGCCAAAUGACCUACAACCUAAGAAGUCCCAGAAUUCCCAGCCCUGCAGUAGCCUCCCUACCUGGGAUAAGAGUCUUGGGCCCUAGCAGCACUGAUGAAGUGACAUAGGCACUGGGCAGGACUCCCCAGUGCCACCUCACAGACAAGAGACACAAGACAAAAUGGAGAGGGACUUCUGCCUGCUGUUGGCUGACCUGGAUCCACUGUUUGGCCCGAGGCUGCUCUUCUGUUAGCCUCACUGCAAACCUGAGCUCCCCAGCAGGGGUCUGUCUGUCUCCCACCACAGGGCUUCCCCACUGUUUUCUAUCAUCAAUCUGAGGAUUUAUUAAUGGGCUAAGCAAAUUUGGGGUUCCUAUCACCUGUAUUCUGUUUUCCAGGGUUCAGCGGCCAGAGGCAUAGGAAGUGCCUAUUGGGGCCCCGUGGUCACUGUGAGCCAACAGAUGUCUUGAGCAAUCUGAGGCCAGGCUUGAGGCAAGAGGUUGUGCCACCUGUUAUGGAUGGCAGAGGAGGGUGGAGGGCAGAGAGCCCCUUCCUGCCCUCUCACCCCACGACUCCACUGCCUAGGGUGGGUAACAAUAUGUGGAACUGCCAUUCAAGGAUUUUAAAAGCAUGGGAGAAGAGGGGGUGGCCACUGUGAAGAAGAAACAGGACCAGUGGGGAAUGGCACUUGAGAGUGUAGAGGGCAAGGCUGGACACAAUGGCCUCUAGCUUCCAGCAGGACAGGAGCCUGGCACACAGAGGUCAGAGUUUCCAUGAGGACAUCGAGUUUCCUGGCACUGCUAAACUGACCUUAUGUGUUGGAAACAGCACUGUAUCUUGGACUGUAGCAGGCCAGAGUCCACCAGUACCUGGAGAUGGGAUGGGGGAGGGCAGGGAAAGGGUCUGGGCACUGUGGCCUCCUGCUGUGUCUGGGGUGGCAGAUGGAGCCUUCUAGAAUUAAUACCCACUUCUCCAUAGGAAUGAUACCUCCAAGUGGCCAGGACACCCACACCCUGGCUCCUGCUUUGUCUCUAGGGGCCCCCUCUUCUAAGCCACCUGCUGCCAUGGCCACUCCAGUGGUUCUCCCAGCCUGAGGAGGGCCCCUGGGCAGGAGUAGAGGGGUGGAGUAGGGGGGUGGCAGCUGUUGUGUGGCAGGAUUGUACCACCCCCAGGGUUGAACAACAAACCCCACAUGCUAGACCCAGGAAGUAGUGUGGCUUGUCCCCUGGGAGACGACCCUGAGCCCAGCCCUCAGCUUUGGACUUUGAUGCAGAGACAACUUCUAAGAAUGUGGCUACCAGCACUGUCCCCCACCUUCCCCCCAAAGCCUCUCUGCUGCUGCGGGGAGAGGGGAGGAGGCCCUAGCGGAACAGCCACCCCACUUCCUGCCGGGCUUCCUGGUGCACUGCGUGUCAUGGCUUUCCUCUUCUGUGGACCCUGCAAGUAAGCGAGGCUCAUUUCGUGGUUUCCUGUUUUCAGUGAAAUUUACUGUGAGCUCCCGCCUCCAUCUAUCCUGGUCUGCUUGAAGCAGCCCCACAGAUGUCCCUGCUGCUACCGCCAUGGAGGGGCAGAGUUCUGGAACAGCCCCUGAGGCUGCCUGGGAUGGUGUUGUCCCUGGGGGCUGUGACAAGCUGGGGACAGGCAUGAAUAGGGAGCAGCAGGUGCCCAGAGCCUUGAAGCAGCAGCUUGCUCCUGGCACUGGUGGAGGCCCAGGAGGGAAGUCUCUACUUUCAUCUGUCUCCAGAUUUUCACAUUUUGAAAAGCUUUCCAAGGGAAAGCUAGGAUCGAAGCUCCACAAGGAGAAGUUUCUGACAUCAGGGCUGGUCUGACAGGCCAGGAGGCCACUGGUGGCUGCUGUUGGUCACCCUAGAUGCUGUGGUGACAGGCGCUCUGAUGGGCUUGCAAAGUUCCCUGAACUUCCUUCUUAAAAAAACAAACAAACAAAAAAACAAAAUGGCCCUGAGACUGCUCUUACUCCUGUCUACCCACGGCUUCCCUGCCUGCCACAGCGCAGGGCUGGGGCAUAGGGAAGUACGCUGCGGAGAUGGGACUCCAAGGAGGCAGUGAGGCUAGGGGCUGCAGGACCGAUCAACCCCACCGUCUGUCUCUGAGAAAUGUGCUUCCUACAGGUGCCAGCGGAGCCACCUCUGGGCUGGCCUGGAUGGGCUGAGGGCUGAGAUUUGCUCAGGGGACCGCAAUACGUGAAAAGAGGAACCAGGAUGGCCAGCCAGGAUGCGGGGGGCAAAGCUCUACUUGAAAAAACUCAGACCAGCUGAGUGCCUGUCCCAGUCUAGAGAGCACUGGCUCUCUGGCCUCUCCACCGAGCAGUCCCUACUUUGCAUUGUCUCUUCUCUUUCCCCAGGACCAUGGUGCCUCCUUAACUAUUCUGUGAGUCCCGAGGGCAGGGUGUACGUGUGUGUGUGGCAGAGCUGACUAGCUGAUACACAGCCAUUGGUAAAGGCUUGAACAGGAUGUCAUGUUUUCUGGGCCACUCCACCAGCUUCUGGGUCUUUGACAGCAAUCAUGCCUGAGUGUGUGCAGACCAGGGGGACUGACUUCACAACUCUCAUUCUACUGGUAUGGCUUCCUGGAACAGAUGAUGAGAAGGAUCCUGGUAUAUUAACUAGCUCAGUGAGAAAGUGCUAGCAGUGCCUGCCCUGGGUAGACAAAAGGAUGUGGCAGUAUAUGUGUUGUAUCUGUACUUUUUCUGUGAACAUAUUUUUUUAAAUU